AUGGGUUCUAAUAAAGCGAUCAGUAUUUCCAAAAUUAAAGCAGAUUCAGAAUUAUUAGUAUUAAAUUCUACUGUUUUAAGAGUAAUUAAAGAAAAUAAUAAUCUUGUAUAUAAAAAAAUUAGGCAAAGUACGAAUUUAAAAGAAGUCCAUAAAUUAAAAAGGUUUGAUUUUGCUUUAGAUAAAAUUUUAUGGACUCGUUAA